AUGCCAGCUUCUUCCAUGUCAAAGGUCGUUUGGUGCCUCCACCAUGCUUCCUACUUUCCCAGAACAAGUUUGUCGCACUCCGCCCGAACUGAAGAGCUCAGAGCCGCAAAGCAGAACGUUCCAUCCACCACGCGCACCCUUCGUGUCGCGCUGUUUGCGUUAGCUUGGUCAUAUCGCUCCUCACGUCACAUGGGAGUGCGUCAGCUGAAGCAAAGUAUCUCAGACGUUGAAGAACUGAUUAGAUUCCGGUUUUGGGAGAGAGCCAUUGAAUAUAGACAUGCGGCAUGCGGACAUUGUUUCUUUGGCGAGUCUGACAACGCGACAAGCCAAAGGCUGCCGACGGCUCAAACGCUGUUUCUUGGCGACGACGUGUCGUCCUGCAGGCCCUUGAGACAUGUUGGUCAAAGAAUUCGGGUCGGUCGCGGGCCUGAAGCAAAGGAUUUCUCUCUGUAG